AAGUCACAAGAGCUGUAAUUCAAUUAUUGAUCAAUGAAAAACAUAGUGAUGCUUUGAAUAAAGUACCCAAUGUGAUUCCUAUCCUUGGUAUGGGGGGCAUUGGAAAGACAACAUUGGCCCAACUGGUAUACAAUGAUAAGAAAGUGGAGAGCUUUUUUGAUCUGAAAGCAUGGGCUUGUGUUUCAGAAGAUUUUGAUGUUGCUGCAGUUACAAAAACAAUUUUACAAUCUUUGACCUCGGAAAAUUGUGAUGACAAAGAUCUAAAUUCGUUGCAAGUCAAACUGAAGGAGAAACUACUUGGAAAAAGGUUUCUAGUAAUUCUUGAUGAUGUUUGGAAUGAGAACUACAAUGAUUGGACUCUUCUACGUGCUCCUUUUGAAGCAGGGGCUCCGAAAAGUAGUAUUAUUGUCACAACUCGUAUCCAGAAAGUCUCGUCACUAAUGCGAAACAAGGAAGUUGAGCCUUUUAAGUUGGGGGAGUUGUCAAAUGAAGCUUGUUUGUCCAUAUUUACCCAACAUGCAUUGGAUGCAAAAGACUUCAGUGCGCAUCCAAACCUUAAAGAUAUUGGUGAGGAACUCAUUAAAAGGUGUAAAGGCUUGCCAUUGGCAGUAAAAACUAUUGGAGGAGUCUUACGUAGUAAAAAUGAAGACCGCAAUGAGUGGGAAAAAGUUUUGAAGAAUAAGAUAUGGGAUAUUUCAGUGAAAGAAAGUGGAAUUGUUCCCGCUCUUAUGUUAAGUUAUCACCAUCUACCUUCACAUUUGAAGAGGUGCUUUGCUUACUGUUCAAUACUACCAAAGGACUACGAAUUUGAGGAGAAGGAGGUGGUUCUAUUAUGGAUGGCAGAAGGUCUGAUUCAACCCCUACAAGAUGAAGAGGAAAUGGAAGAUUUGGGUUUCGAAUAUUUUCGCAAUCUGUUGUCAAGGUCAUUUUUCCAACAGUCACGUAUUAAUGAAUCACAAUUUGUGAUGCAUGACCUCAUCAAUGAUUUGGCUCAGUCGGUUGCAAGCAAUACGAGCUUUAGAAUGGAAGAUAGGGUUGGAGGUAAUAAGCAUGAGAAUAUUCCUAUAAAGGCACGCCACUCAUCUUAUUUGGGAAGCAAAUUUGAUGUAACUAAAAAGUUUGAGGUUUUUUCUAAAUUCACAAGUUUACGUACAUUCUUACCUCUUAUGCUACCAGAUCCAGGUUAUUGCUAUUUGGCUCAUCAUGUUCCUUUUGAAUUGGUUCCAACAUUACGUUUCUUAAGAGUGUUAUCUUUCAAUGGAUAUUGCAUAACAGAGCUACCGGAUUCUAUUGGUGAUUUCAAGCAUCUGCGGUAUCUUAACCUUUCAGACACUCGAAUAAGACUCCUGCCAGAAUCAAUAACUAGUCUUUACAACUUACAAACAUUGUUGUUGGAGAACUGUAUUCGCCUAAAGAAAUUACCUUUAAUGUUUCGAAACUUGGUCAACUUGCGCCAUCUCAACAUUGAAGGUGCAGAUAGUUUGGAAAGAAUGCCUAUGCAAAUAGGUAAACUAACUUGUCUUCAAACACUAUCUAAUCUAGUUCUGGGAAAAGACAGUUGCUCUGGAAUAAAGGAGCUUGGACCUUUGAAGCAUCUUCGAGGGACACUCCGCAUUUCAAGAUUAGAGAAUGUGAUUGAUCCGAAGAAUGCAAAGGAUGCUGAAUUGAUUAAAAAGACGAAAAUUAGUGAGUUGUGGUUGAAAUGUAGUGAAUACAUUGAUGAGUCGAAAGACAGGACAAGUGAACUAGAGGUACUAAAUGGGCUAUGGCCUCACGACGCUUUGAUGGAGCUAGUUAUAAUUAACUAUGGUGGUACCAAAUUUCCAAAUUGGUUAACAUCUCCUUCAUUUCCUGAUAUGGUCUCCUUGAGAUUAGAAAAUUGUUACAAGUGCACAUCAUUACCUCCAUUGGGGAAAUAUUUGCCGUCACUCAAAAAUCUUUGGAUCAAGGGCAUGGCUAACGUGAAGAGUGUUGGUUCUGAAUUUUGUGGUGGUAAUUUAGAGACUUUGCAUUUCUAUGAUAUGGAGGAGUGGGAGAAUUGGAGUCCUUGUGAAGUACUCCCAAAUCUGCGUAAGCUUUCCCUUUGUCUCUGUCCGAAACUAUUAGGGAAGUUACCAAACAACCUUCCUUUACUAAACAAAGUUGAGAUAAUUGAUUGUGUGCAGUUGGUGGUCUCAAUUUCAAGCUUUCCAGAUAAAUGCAAAUUUAAUAUUGGGGAAUGCGAAGGGGUGGUGUGUGAAAGUAAGGUUACAUUUAAAUCAAUAACAUUCUACACUUCACUUUCAGAAAUUUCAGAUCAAGGGGUUGAUAUGGAAGGACUGGCAGAGUUAGAAAAUUUAAGUAUUGAAAGCUGUGAGGAGCUGACGACUUUGUGGUCAGACAAGGUGGGAUCAUUGCCACAUCUCCCAUUUUUGCAUUCUCUCGACAUUUCUAAUUGUCCCAAACUAGUCUCUUUGGUGGCGGAAGAAGUUGAUCAAGAUCGUCUCCAACUCAGAAUCACAUCUUUUACUAUCCAUGAUUGUAUAGCCUUGAAAUCAUUACCCAAGGUGUUGAUGUACAACAACACAUGUCUUCAGUUUAUUGAAAUAAAGAAAUGUGAUUCGCUAACGCAUUUUGCCAGAAGCCAUUUGCCUCCAGCUUUAAGGAAGCUAUAUAUUAGCAACUGCAAGAGUAUGAGGAAUUUGGUAGAGGAUGAUGAUAAUGAUACAAACAACAGUAGUUGCAGCUGUGGCAUCACAUCUCUUCUUGAGGUCUUGUACGUUAGCAAUUGUCCAUCCCUUGAAUUCUUAACAUCAAGCGGAGAACUACCCGCCACACUUCAAUGCCUCGAUAUUUACAGUUGUCCGAAGCUGGAGUCAGUAGCUAAGAGUUUUCAUCAUAACUCGUUUCUGACAAGUAUCAACAUCUCCAGUUGUGAAAAUCUUCAAUUCUUGAAUGGUGGAGAGUUGCUCCCUUCCAACCUGAGACACCUUUAUAUAUUUAAUUGUGAGAAAAUGCAGGGACUGCAGAAUGGCAUACACAACCUCACCUCUCUUCGAGAUUUGGAAAUACGGAAUUGUCCGAGCAUUUUAUCAUUUUCCAAAGAAGGUUUUCCCACAAACCUAGCAAUACUUUCGAUCGCUUAUCUUAAAAUCACUAAAGCCUUGUUCGAUUGGGGGCUUGACAAACUCACUUACCUAAAUCAUCUUGAAAUUGGUGGAUGUCAGCAUCUGGUGUCCUUUCCAGAUAUGACGUUGCCUGCCUCUCUAACAAGCCUCCGCAUUUCAGAUUUCUCGAAUUUGGAAUGCCUAUCUUCCGAGGGCUUAAGAAAACUCACCUCUCUUAAAACAUUGUGGAUCUUUGAAUGCGAGAAGCUCACGUGUUUUUCAAAGGAUGGCCUGCCUCCCUCACUCCUAGAGCUUGAUAUCUCUAAUUGCCAAAAGUUGAUGUCCUUACCAAAGUAUGGCCUACCUCCCUCACUACAGAAACUUGCAAUCGGUGGAUGUCCUCUACUGGAAGAACGCUGCAAGAAAGAUCAGAGAGGAGAGUGGCGCAAGAUAGCUAACAUCCCUUGUGUUCGAAUUAAUGGCGUAGACAUUUACGACACAAAAACGGAGGAAUACGUUUACGACACAGGAAUGGAGGAAUAAAUCCAAAGAUAAGUUUGUUUUGGCUCUGAUCCAAAGGUCCUUUGAAUGUUGAAUGGUGGCAUUGGAGAGAUCCCCCACUCCGAUUGCAUGCCGCGAUUCUGGUUGAGACCCAAAAUUGAGACCCACGUUUGCUGAGAUCAUGGCUGCUUUGAAGCCGUUGCAGAAGCCAAUAACCAGUUCUCAAGUUCCCAGGCCAAGCACAUCCACAGGCAGUGGCCGUCAGAAGGCUCUACCAUCACAAACUACAGAAGAAGCAGGCUAGAAGAGCAAACUAUACCAUCAUACUCUCUAUCAUUGGACUGCAAAAAUAUGGGGUGAAGUUCUAGAUUGCCUUGGACUAGUCCAUGUAGGUUAAGAUAUUGAAAAAGUGAGAACUUCUUCGUAAAGGGAUGUCAUAUUUCAGUAAAAGUGACCGCUUUUAUUUUGAUCCUCUAGUGGGUAUGAUCCCAUGAACUUACUCACGCUAUGGAUGUUUUACUAUGGGCUAUUGUAAUAAGUAAUUGGAGCUGUAAUGUUCAUUUUGCAGUAAUUAAUUUGGACUCUGGGGAAGUUUUGCUUGUUGGGAGCAUAUGUUCCUUUUGUCAAGUGAUGUAUCAUCACAACCUUGUAUUUGCAAGCAGAAGUUUUGACGCUGAAGAUGCUCCUUGUUCCUUUCAUUCCUUCUGAUUUAUUCCUUUGCAAAACAGGGUUAAUUAAUAUUACUUCUAUGGUCUAUCCCUAACCAUCCACAUUGGCAAAGAUGAAGAAGGGGAAAUAACGAACUUAAGUGGGAUUAUGAAUAUGAAUAGUUAUUCAAGUUGUUGCAAAUUCCGAGUGCGAUGAAUGGCAUUUCUCAUGGUAAUUUGCUGUCUUCACAAUUUCUGGAUCAUGAAUUCUUCUUCUCUACCUCAAAUAUACUCUUCUAAAAUUGCAGCAAGCGGUUCCCAUUUCAAAUAUUUCAUCCUGCUUUUGCUUUAUGUUUCAAUGUCAAUAGCUAAUAUAGCAGCUAUAUGACCUGUCAAGAAGGGGUUUCAAAAGUUCUCUGUUUUUUAUUUCACAUGUUCAAGUGCUUUGCCAUAUCUGUUUAGAAUUUUUGUUUUAUUUUCUAUUGAAUUUUGUAAUCUUCCUUUGAUUUGGUAAAUGAAAAACCCUAUUUCAUUGGAUUUUUGUACUCUGCCUUUGAACUCUU